AUAAGCCAACUGAGGUAUUUGUGAAUAUUGAUAUAAUGGAUAUCGAUCAGAUUACAGAAGAAAAGAUGGAGUACUCUAUGCAGUUUUACGUGAACGAAUAUUGGAAGGAUCCUCGCCUCAACCUCACACAUCGCAGAGAACAUUUUCAUAUUUCGACAGAUAUCGUUGAAGAAAUGUGGACUCCUGAUCUUAUUUUUGAAAAUUCAAAAGGAGGUUGGGUUUAUCAAUUGGCUGUUCCUAAUAUUAUUGUGCAAACUCAUCUCUACGGCUACCUACAUCGCUUCACAAGGUAUAAUAUGAAGAUUAGCUGUUCGAUGUACCUUCAAAAUUACCCGAUGGAUACGCAGAAAUGCUUCUUGAGUAUUACAUCACUAGCGAAUGAUGAUUCCAGGAUGAUCUUGAAAUGGAUACAUGAACGUAAAAAGGAAGAAAGAGUCGAUAAUCUGUCUGACUUGUACCUUGCCAACGUUCAUCCUCUAAAGUAUCAAGUCACCAAUGCUACGACGAGCAAGUAUCAAAUCGAGUGGCCAACAGGACUCUACACGUCGUUGCGGGCCAAUUUCACUUUCGAUCGCCAUCUAAGCAGCCACAUCUUUAAUGUAUAUAUCCCUAGCGGACUGGUUGUGUUGCUGUCCUUUUUGUCCUUCUGGCUGAAUGUACGUUCUGUUCCUGCUCGGGUAGCGCUGGGACUGACCUCCCUGCUCACCUUGUCCACCCAAGCGUCACAAGUGAGAAGUCGCCUCCCUCCCAUUAACUACUUGACCGCCCUGGACGUGUGGUUGUUCGCCUGCAUACUACAGGUCUUUCUUUCGCUCAUACAGUACGCAACCGUCUACAGUUGCUACAGCGUCAAGGUGCGCAACCAAAGAUCUAACUCCAGUAAUGCAUGGUCGGCGGCAGGUACUAGAGGUAAUAUUGCAUCAGAGUUGUCAAUGGCUGGACACGAAACCAGAACGGGGAAGCGGAAGCGAGAGAUGUCUCCAAAAAAGCCUCUAGGGCAAGACUUCGACGAGGACGUGCAAUACUUAGACAAGGCCAGCCGUCUCAUCUUCCCUUUGGGAUUUCUUGUAUUUUCAAUAGCUUAUUGGGCCAGUUAUUUAAAGAGAUCUUGAAAUCUAA